AUGCCCUCUUUAAAAGAAUACUUUCUGAAUUUAAAUUUAUUUUUACCAUCAUCCAAUUCUAAUGAACAAGAAAAUGAUCAACAACGUCGAUGGAAUAUUAUUGGUACGCGAAUUUAUAUUGUACUUAUUAUACUCAUUCUUUUUAUUGUUGGUCUUAUUUUACUAUUACUUGAACAACGGGUGAUGGUUACUAUACCAAAUCCAACAAAAGACCAGUUUGAAGAUCUGCCUAACAAUGCAAAAUGUUCAUGUUCUCAUAUUUCUAUUCCAUAUGCGAAAUUUUUGUCAUUGAAAACAAAUUUUCAUCAAGUUUGUUUAAACUUUCGACGUUUUGGUAAUGCUCAGUUUCAAGCACUUGCUGCUUAUUGUCGUUUGUCAAAAUCAUAUACUAAUCAAAGUGUUUAUGCCGUUUUACAAAAUACAUUACUAAGUCCACAAAUCUUAUCAAACACAUCUCUGCAAUCAUACAUCAAUGCAGCAAUUGAACAAUUCAAACUAAAAACACCAAAUACUUUUAAUAUUCAACUAAAAUUAAUCAUCAAUAUGACAAACGCCAAUGCAUUAAUACCUGGAGUACAAACUAGCAUAUAUUUUGAACGUACUUACGGGAUACCUGAACCAAAUAUACACCUAUACCCACAAAAGGAUGGUUCUUAUUGUGAUUGCCUACAAAACGUUUGUAAUCAAACAGAAUCAGGUAUUGUCAAUCAAUUUGGAAGACAGCAUAUGCCUGAGACCAUAUAUAAUAAUUUUACAUGGUCUAUACCAGGAAUGUCAACAGGUUGUUUUCCAGGAUUUACACUUCUACUGUCGACACUUGAAUGUUUCUACAAUCAAACAUGUGUAGACAGACUUAUUUCAUAUUUUCCAACAAGUGACAAUUUCACCGCGAUGAUUAUAAAUAAUGAAAGUUUAUAUAAACCAACAUCAACUGUCCAAUCAAUAAUUGAUGAUUUGAUGAUUGAAAAUUGGACAAUGAAUAUUUUUUAUGAUAAAUAUUAUUCAGAAUGUGCACCAUCUUCAUGUACUUAUUUGAAAACAUUUCGACGAGAUUUUGUUCAUGUCUUGAAAAAAUUGAUUAGUUUAUUGUCUAGUUUGACAUUAUUAUUGGGAUUAAUAAUUCCGCUUGUUAUUCAAUUUAUUAUGAAACGACGCGAACGAACACCAGAACCACGAAUUGGUUUCAAAAAUCGUUUAUAUCAAUUUAAAGAAACUAUUCAAAAGAAAUUAAUUGAAUUGAACAUUUUCAAACAUUCUUCUAAUACAGACCGACAAAUGAAAUUUCAACGUUAUGCAACACGAUUGUAUUUAUUUUCUCUCAUUGCUUCAAUGAUAAUUAUAGCUACUUAUGUAUUUUUACAAAAAUCAAUUCAAUCAAAAACGAUUUCUUUUCCUACUGAAUCGCAGUUUAUUCAACUUCAACAAAAAUAUUCUCAAUCACUUUCAUGUCCAUGCAGCUCAAUAUCAGUAUCUUAUUCAAAUUUUACAACAAUUCAACCACAAUAUCAUCAAUUAUGUCAAAGUGAUCUCAUUUCCGCAGAAUGGAUUCAUUACAUCAAGGAAAGUUUUAGUCGAAUGUUCGCACUUCAACAUGAUUAUCGAAGAAUAUCUAGUGGUUAUUUUCAUAUAUUAUCACUAUUUUGUGAACAAGCAAAAGACACCAUUGUUAAUGCACUUGAGAUUUUUCUCAGAACGGAAUACGUUAGUUCACAAGUUGUUGGACAAGAAUCGUUUGAAAAUGAAAUAAAUUCAUCAAUUGAAGCUUGGAAAUUAACAACGACAAACACUUUUAAAAGAACUAUUCAAUUAAUUCAACAAAUUUAUCAGGGAAAUCAAUUGAUUAAUGAGAAACAGACCGAUACUUUUAAAGUAGAUGGAAAUUUAAAAGUAUAUCUAAACUCAAAAACAAAGCAAGGAUGUGAUUGUAUUUUAUCUUCAUCCUGUUAUUCUACUGUUGAACUUUAUCGUACUAUUAAAAAUAAUAUAUACUUAUAUGAUCCAUAUCCAGUUUCGAAUAUUUUUUCUGGUUGUUUUCCAAUUCAAGCAUUAUUUCAAUCAACAUUAGAAUGUUUUUAUAAUCUAUCAUGUAUGUUAAUACUUAAUGAAUAUAUGGGUUCUCCAGUACCUUUCAAUUUUUCUGCUCUUAAUCAAACUUUAAAUCAACCAAAUGAAACAAUCGAAAUGAUUAUUAAUCAAUUAAUGGUUGAUAAAUGGUUACCAGAUGUUUCUUUUUCAUCAUAUUAUGAAAAAUGUUUACCAUUAUCAUGUACAUAUCAAUAUAAUGAUCGAAAUAAUAUUUUUAUUAGUAUUACAGUUAUUAUAAGUAUUGUUGGUGGUUUAUCACUCGCAUUAAAACUUUUAAUUAUGAUUAGUCUCAAAUUUAUUAAUAAAAUUUUUUCAAAUAAUUUUUUUCAUUCAAUUUCAUUAAAUGUGGUUAAACAAAUCUUUAUUUGUCAUACUCAAAAUCAAAUUAUUCAUCGAUUACAUGUUAUUUUAGUUAUUGGAGUUCUGACUGCAUUUUAUAUAUUUUCUACUUUUACUCCACGUGUAAUUACUAUUGAAACGAAUAAACCUACAUUAAAAAUGUAUGAAGAUUUAUAUAAAGAAUAUAAUGAUACAUUGGCAUGUUCAUGUUCACAAUUAUCAAUGAAAUAUAAAUCAAUUUUAAAUUUAACAACUCGUUUUCAUGAAAUAUGUUCAAGCGGUUUUAUUACAGAUCGGUGGCGUUCAUAUUUAUAUGAGAAAAGAGAUAAUGAUAACCGACAUUCACCAUAUGAUUUUUAUAAUUCAGCAGUUGCACAAUUUAAAUUACUUUCCUCAUUUUGUAAUUUAUCAAAAGAAACAGUUUUUGAAUCAAUUUUUCAAUUAGGAACAACGGAUUUUAUUAAUAAUCAACUUUUAUCAUCAUAUAACUUAAAUAAUCGAAUCGAAAUGUUUAUUAAUGAAUUUAAACAAACAAUGCCACAAUCAUUUGUCAAUAGUAUUUUAUUAAUUCGAGAAAUAGUUAGUAGUAAUAUGUUCAUGACUGCAUAUCAAAGUAAUUGGGAGUUUGAACGUUUAGGUCCUGACACUUAUCAAAAUAUUAUUCAUAUGUUACCCGUAAGUUAUAAUGGAUGUAGUUGUUCAGCAUCAUCUAAAUGCGUUAGUUCAUCUCUUGGAAUGUUAACUGGUUGUUAUCCGCUUGAAACAAUAUUUCAAACAACAUUAGACUGUUUUUAUGAUCAACAAUGUAUUGAUUCAACAAAUAAUUUCAAAUCAAUAAAUAUUUCAUCAUUAGAAACAAGUCAUUUUUUAUUAAAUCAAACAAUUGAAUUAGUUGUCAAUGACUUAAUGAUUGAAGAAUUAAAAUAUAAAAUAAAUUAUACAAAUUAUUUUGAUGAAUGUUCACCAUCAUUAUGUAUUUAUUCAUAUCUUGAUAAAACGAAUGCUAUUGAAGGAAUAUUAACAUUAAUUGGUUUAUACGGUGGUUUAGUUAUUAUUUGUCGAUUAAUUGCUAUUAUUAUUGUCAAAACAAUGUGUCGGGUGAAUAGUAGAGUUAAUCCGGCUACAAAUUUAUUUUAA